ACGGUCUGGACUACUGCAACUCCCUCUCUCACCGACCUACCUCAUCACAGACUAUCCCCGCUUCAGUCUAUCCUGAACUCAGCGGCCAGACUCAUCCACCUUACCUUAUCCUCCACUGGCCUCCACGCCCCUCUGUCAUUCCCUCCACUGGUCUCCAUUCAGUGUCCUCCACCCCUCUCUCUCAUUCCCUCCACUAGCCUCCACUCAGUGUCCUCCACCCCCCUCUGUCAUUCCCUCCACUGGUCUCCAUUCAGUGUCCUCCACCCCUCUCUGUCAUACCCUCCACUGACCUCCACUCAGUGUCCUCCACCCCUCUCUGUCAUUCCCUCCACUGUACCUCCACUCAGUGUCCUCCACCCCCCUCUGUCAUUCCCCUCCACUGGUCUCCAUUCAGUGUCCUCCACCCCUCUCUGUCAUACCCUCCACUGACCUCCACUCAGUGUCCUCCACCCCUCUCUGUCAUUCCCUCCACUGGCCUCCACUCAGUGUCCUCCACCCCUCUCUGUCAUUCCCCUCCACUGACCUCCACUCAGUGUCCUCCACCCCUCU